GUGACUAGGUUGUCGCGUGAUCAGCUGACCGAAGUCAUCGGUCUUGUCGGUGGGACAGCAGCUAAAAACAAGCCGAAAAAAGGGGAUAAUUCGCGUUUCUCUUUCUCGCGGAGGGAAACCGUCAACGCCAGGCCUUUCGUUAGAAGGAAAUGUUUCAGUAGGACUCGUAUUUUCUGACACGUCACCAUAAUGUCAGGGAACAACCUUGUUCUACCCAUAGUGCUCUGGGGCCGCACGGCUCCCACCCACUGCAUCAGCAGCCUCCUGGUGAUGGACGACUUCAGCACCAUCAUCACCGGCUGCCAUGACGGACAGAUCUGCCUCUGGGACAUGACCCCUGAGCUGGGGAUUUGUCCCAGAGCCAUGUUGUUUGGACAUACGGCCUCCAUCACCUGUCUCUCCAAAGCCAGUGCGUGCAGUGAUAAACAGUACAUCGUCAGUGCAUCAGAGAGCGGUGAGAUGUGUUUAUGGGAUGUAAAUGACGGACGCUGUAUUGAAUUCACCAAACUGGCCUGUGCUCACACUGGCAUACAGUUCUAUCAGUUCACCAUCGGCACUCAGAGGGAGGGACGUCUGCUCUGUAACGGCCACUACCCAGAAAUCCUCGUGGUGGACGCCACCAGCCUGGAGGUCCUGUACUCGCUGGUGUCCAAGAUCUCUCCGGACUGGAUCAGCUCCAUGAGCAUCAUCCGAUCCCAUCGCACACAAGAGGACACGGUGGUGGCGGUGUCCGUGACGGGGAUUCUGAAGGUCUGGAUCAUCACUGCUGAGGUCAGCAGGAUGCAGGAUCUGGACCCGGUGUUUGAAGAAGAGUCCAAACCCAUCUACUGUCAGGGCUGCCAGAGCAUCUCCUUCUGUACCUUCACUCAGAGCAGCCUGCUGGUCGUCUGCUCCAAAUACUGGAGGGUGUUUGACGCAGGCGACUACUCGUUGCUCUGCUCGGUGCCCAGCGACAACGACCAGGCCUGGACUGGAGGAGAGUUCAUCGCCGCCGACAAAGUUAUCAUCUGGACCGAAGACGGCUGCAGUUACAUCUACAAGCUGCCCGCCAGUUGUCUGCCUGCGAGUGAACAUUUCCGCAGCGAUGUCGGGAAAACCAAAGAAGGCUCGAUCCCUCCGCUCGUCUACAGCAUCGCCAACCGCUCGGACAAACAGCUCCUAAUCUGUCCUCCUGUGACUCGGUUCUUCUUCGGCCGGCGCGAGCCCUUCCACAAGCUGCUGAUCCAGGGAGAUUCAGCAGGCCGACUGUCCCUGUGGAGCAUCCCAGAUACCUCACCUCUGCAGCCGCUGUCGACCGCUGCCGAGCUCCAGGUGUCGUCCACCAUCAGUCUCCAGGAGGCGUUUGAUAAGUUGACCCCUGUGUCUGCCGGGAUCAUCGACCAGCUCAGCGUCCUGCCCGGCAAAGACGAACCCAUCAAGGUAACAGCCAGCGUAUACAUCCCCUCUCAAGGUCGGCUGGUGUGCGGGAGAGAAGACGGCAGCAUCAUCCUGGUUCCUGCCACUCAGACCGCCAUCGUUCAGCUCCUGCAGGGGGAGCACAUGCUCCGCCGAGGCUGGCCACCCCAUCGUACCUUACGAGGUCACCGGAACAAGGUGACGUGCGUCCUGUACCCGUACCAGAUCUCACCCCGCUACGACCAGCGCUCGCUGGUGUCCGGAGGAGUGGACUUCUCUGUCAUCGUCUGGGACAUUUUCACUGGAGAGAUGAAACACAUCUUCUGUGUCCACGGAGGAGAGAUCACCCAGCUCAUCAUCCCACCAGAAAACUGCAGCACUCGGGUGCAGCACUGCGUCUGCUCGGUGGCCAGCGACCACUCCGUUGGUCUGCUCAGUCUCCGGGAGAGGAAGUGCAUCAUGCUGGCGUCGCGACACCUCUUCCCCAUCCAGGUUAUUAAGUGGCGUCCGGCAGACGACUACCUGGUGGUGGGAUGCUCUGACGGCUCUGUCUACGUCUGGCAGAUGGACACAGGAGCCCUGGAUCGCUGUGUGAUGGGCAUAACGGCGGUGGAGAUCCUGAAUGCCUGUGACGAGCUGGCCCCGGCCACCGUGGACGCUCUGAGCCACUCAGCGGUGAACCUGAAGCAGGCGAUGACGCGCCGCAGCCUGGCAGCACUGAAGAACAUGGCCCAGCACAAACUGCAGACGCUCGCCACCAACCUGCUCGCCGCUGACAACGCUGACAAGGGCAACCUGCCAAAAUACUCCCACAAUGCCCUGGUGGUCCAGGCGAUGAAGACCAACCUGACGGACCCUGACAUGCACGUGCUGUUCUUUGACGUGGAGGCGGUGAUCAUCCAGCUCCUGACGGAGGAAGCCCAGAGACCGAACCCCACGCUGGUGUCUCCAGAGACGCUGCAGAAGAGCCAAGCCGGGGCUGACAAAGGGGGGUCCUUCCUGGCCAACAAGAUCUUCAAACAGGUGAAAGAGACGAUGAAGGAGACCAUAAAGGAGCACCUACUGGACGAAGACGAGGAAGAGGAGGAGGAGAUGAGGAGGCGCGAGGAGAAGUCCAAGUCUUUGAGUCUGCUGGAGUACAACCUGACGAUGGACACGGCCAAACUCUUCAUGUCCUGCCUGCAUGCCUGGGGCCUCAACGAACAGCUGGAUGGCAUCUGUCUGGAGCGACUGGGCAUGCUCAGACCGCACUGCCCCAUCUCCUUCGGCCUGAUCUCCAGAGGAGGUCACAUGUCCCUCAUGCUGCCCACCUUUAAGGAGUCCUUGCUGUCUAAGUUGUCCCUGGCAACGGGUCGGAAGCUGACUCUGUCAGACAUCGUAGGGAAAGGGACGUACGGAGUAUCGAGGGCCGUCACCACCCAGCACCUCCUGUCCGUCAUCUCACUGGCCAACACUCUGAUGGGCAUGACCAACGCCACCUUCGUCGGGGAGCACAUGAAGAAAGCUCCGGCCAGGCCUCCCAGACCAGGAGGAACCCCGGAGUCUCCUCGUAGGACGCCGGCCGCCCCCCCUCAGCCCUCCUGCCCGGCGCUACAGGCCCAGAUCAAACAAGCUGCUGUAGCUGCUGCAGCCAACGUCGGCACUGCUACUACCGCUACCACUGCUACUACCGCUACCACUGCUGGGGCUCUGGGGGCCCCUGGGGGCCUUCCCCAGGGGGCCCCUGGUUCCUCCAGCCUCGGCCCUUCUUCUCAUAACAUCCCCUCAGUCAACGAAGGUUGGAGUCAGCUGGCGGCCAUGCACUGUGUGAUGCUCCCUGACCUCCUCGGCCUGGACAAGUUCAGACCUCCUCUGCUGGAGAUGUUGGCGAGGAGGUGGCAGGACCGCUGUCUGGAGGUUAGAGAAGCAGCACAAGCUCUUCUACUGGCUGAGUUAAGGAGGAUUGGCCAAUCAGGACGCAAGGACACCAUCGAUAUGUGGGCUCCUUACCUCCCUCAGUAUGUGGACACAGUCAGCUCCCCUGGGACGACCACAGAGCCCUCGACUCCGGCCCCGCCGCCUCCUGAGGCUCAGCCGGUCGAAGCCAAGGUUCCUGAGGAGGAAAUGGACGUCACUGAUGACGACAUCACGGCAGGUUGUCUGUCCAACCUUCCACCGAACGCCAAGAAAAUCUCCAACUCGUACGAGGAGCGCCGCAAGCAGGCCACCGCCAUCGUGCUGCUGGGGGUUAUUGGGGCCGAGUUUGGCGCCGAGAUCGAGCCACCGAAGGGUUCAGUGAGGGCUCGGACCGGCGGACAGGCGCCCGAGGGCUUUGGCCUGACAAGUGGAGGGUCGUCCAACUAUUCUCUGGCCAGACACACAUGUAAGGCGCUGACCUUCCUGCUGCUACAGCCCCCCAGCCCCAAGCUGCCGCCCCACAGCACCAUCCGCCGCACCGCCAUCGAUCUGAUUGGCCGAGGCUUCACUGUCUGGGAGCCGUACAUGGACGUGUCAGCGGUGCUCAUGGGACUGUUGGAGCUCUGUGCCGAUGCAGAGAAGCAGCUGGCCAAUAUCACCAUGGGUUUGCCCCUCAACCCUCCGGCGGACUCGGCUCGCUCCGCCCGACACGCCCUCUCUCUUAUCGCCACUGCCCGGCCACCCGCCUUCAUCACCACUAUCGCAAGAGAGGUUCAUCGGUACAACGCAGCCCAGGCGAACUCUCAGUCGCAGCAGAACGUUCACACCACCACUCUGGCUAGAGCCAAGACUGAGAUACUGCGAGUGAUCGACAUCCUGAUUGAGAAGAUGCCUGGAGACGUUGUGGAUCUCCUGGUCGAGGUGAUGGAUAUCAUCAUGUACUGUAUCGAAGGUUCUCUCGUGAAGAAGAAAGGACUACAGGAGUGUUUCCCUGCUAUCUGCAAGUUCUACAUGGUUGGUUACUGUGACCGCAGUCAUCGCAUUGCUGUCGGCGCUCGCCAGGGUUCGGUCGCUCUCUACGAUGUUCGUACCGGAAAAUGCCAGAACAUCCAUGGUCAUAAGGGUCCGAUCACAGCAGUGUCUUUCGCCCCUGACGGCCGUUACCUAGCAACGUACUCCAACGCCGACAGCCACAUCUCCUUCUGGCAGAUGAACACCAGUCUGCUGGGCAGCAUUGGGAUGCUGAACUCAGCCCCUCAGCUCCGCUGCAUUAAGACCUACCAGGUUCCCCCGGUGCAGCCCGCGUCCCCGGGCUCCCAGAACCACCUGAAGCUUGCCCGUCUCAUCUGGACCUCCAACCGCAAUGUCAUCCUGAUGGCCCAUGACGGCAAGGAACACCGCUUCAUGGUCUAAACCAGAUCUGUGUCUAACAGACCUGCACCUGUUUUUAGGUUGUUUUUUUUUUUUCUCUCUCUCUCUGAGGCAGAAUCUGAAAAGCUGCAGUGUAGAUUCACUCACUGGUCACUUUAAUUUUAGCUCCCAAAAUGUAAUUGUGAGUUAAGAGAACGAGACGGAUAGUACAGUUUCAACCCAGCCCAGGUCCAGGUUUGGACUGGACUCCUGUGGUUUAUCUCCCUUAGUGAUAAUCACCCUAAUGUAUUUAAAGGCUGUGAUAGAAGGCUUGUUUACAUUUUAAACUGCAUUGAUGUAUUUUAGUUAUUUACACCUUCCUCUCAUUCCUAUUUAUUUCCUGUUUAUGCCGCUCGUCAAAGAACUCCUCUGUUGCCAUCUUGCGGUGGCCAUUUUGGGUCCAAACUGUCGCUGUUUAAAGUCAGUCUCUGACUUGCAGCCAUUUGGCUUCCCACCUGGAUUUUAGUUUAUUUCAGAAUCUUAUUAUUAAAUGUUUGAAACUUAUUGCAGGUAUUUGUGGAUUUACUUUGCAGAAACAAUGACUGGAACAUGGAUUUAACACAGGGACUCAAAAUGAUUCUAUCUUGAACCAUUUUUUUCUCAUUUUCUGCUUUUUGUAUCAGAGUUUUUUGGUAGUCAAGGAGUGAAACAACCUAAAAGGAAUAUCUUUUAGUUUUCAUUGCUGGAAUGAAUCAUUUCUGGUAGAGAGAUAUUCUCCCUUGCCCUCUUGCCUGACCUCAGUAAGAGGCUUGCUUUUACUUUUGUGACAACUUGGAAGCUUUUCCAUCCUCUCUGAGCUUCAUGCAGAAAUGUGUGUGUGUGUUUACACUGUUAAACACACAUUCUCACUUCAGACUAAAAGCAUGAUUGCAGCGGGGCUCAUCCCAGAUAUGUAAAAGUUCACCAGAGGACACAAACUAAAGCAUAGCGUGUCCUGGCUCUGGUUGCUACUAGAAUCAAUUUAACAUCAGAAAUCAAACAGGAGACUUUGCCUCAGUUUAGUGGCUACGAACUACUUGGCCAGAAAGGUGUGAAAGAUAUUUUAAUAAUUAUUCAACAUGAAUUUGGUAAUUUUUCCUUUCCUUGAUUUCACUUUGCAUGUAGUCUGAACACAUCUCUGAGGAUGUAAAAACUUCCCUGAAGUUUUGUAUAGUUGAAUGAAAAGAGCAGCUGCCUCUUUUCUUGCCUCAUUUUACCCCUCACUUCUGUUUUUUGGGUUAAUUGUGUGUUUCUUUGCAGACGAUGACACCUCAUAUAAUACUGAUAGAUGUGACGAUUGCUCUUCUUCUUGUCAUUCAACCUGCUCCCAUCUGACUUUUUGAAGGAGGAAUCUCUAGCUAUAAAUGUGUACAUACAGUAUACAGUAUAUAUAUCAUCAGACUUGCUGUGUAAUGUAGCCUGGUGAGCGUUGUACAGUGAGUGUCGAUCCUGUUUUGUGUAUUUAUUGUGGCUAAUGUGACUGUCUGCCUGGCACUGACUAGUUCUUCACACGAGCAAAUAUCUCUUCUAAGUCAAUUUAAAACAUUAUAUUUUCACAUUUGAGUUUUAAUCAUCAGUUACUUGCAAAAUUACAUAUUAUUUACUGUAUUUUACUUGGGCCAAACAGUGUAUUACCCAUGAUCCCCGGCUUCUGCAGCAGGAAGUGCUGUCAGUGCAACAAAAACACCAAACUCUGUGUAUAAUUCUUGAUAUUUUCAGAGUUUCCUGGCUGGCUAUCAGAGAUGUACAUGGGUUUUUAAUGACUUCGAAGUCUUUUUCUUCUCUUAAAUGUUAUAAACAUUCCUUAUAAAGCAGGUGCAACAAGGCAUGAAGUAGCUUGUUAGCCUGACACUAACCAUACCCAUUGCUUCUUAUGAGGAAUGCUAACAGCUGUGAUCUGUUUAAAAAGAAACUUAACAGCAACUGAACAUCUUGUUUUUGUGGACCUAAAGUGGUUUUUCUCCUCAUCUUGCUUCAGUGAUGUAGGAAUGAAACCAUGAUGUCACCUUUUUUCAGGUGCAUCUCUACGUUUUUGACCACAUAAUCUGAACUGGACGGCUUCCAGUGCUACUCCUUACAGUUGACAUGUUUUUGCACAUUAUAUCUUAACUAUCAGUGAGGACCCUCUUGCUUUAAAAUGUUGUUUUAGAGUUUUAUGCAGAGAGAGAAAUAUAUACAAGUAUAAAUACAGAUAUGAUAUUUAUAAGGUGACAGUUUUCUGCCAUUAUCACACUGCAUUUAGAUGUUUUUAUUUUUACUUUUUGUGACUCACAUGUUCGCAAAAUUUGGGUUUGAAGCACACUUCACUUGCUUCUUCCUUCUCUUUCUCUCCUCUCCUCUGUCCUCCCUCCUCUCCUUCCUCCAUCUCCUGUCAGUUUCAUUAGUGCUGUCAGAAAGCUUCUAACACCGUUACACACCUGUAAACCCGAGCGUGUCAAAGCUUUUCACAAGUUCUUCCUCUCUUCUUCAGCUCGUCAGACGGGUUUUUGAAAACACACGAACACACUCACAUAAACACACACAUAUGUCAAGUCCAGCAGGUCCAGACAGCUUUGAGAUCUUGAUCUUACGUUUUCUCCACCGCUCUUAACAGUUUGAGAAAAUAUGUUUUUGGCAGCCUCUUGGGGGAGGGAAGGUGAGAAAAAUAAAGAAGGCAGAGAGGAAGAGCUGAAGAGUAAGUAACAAGCGAGGAAGAUCAGGUCACCCACCCAGAAAAAGAAGGUUCUUCAGCGAAGGUAGUGAACCGAAAUGUCUUAAAAGAACCUUGUGGUUUUUCUUCAAGUACAACAGGAAAAACAUGAUGUGCAGUUACUGAAAACGUGUCCAAAAACUGCAGGUUUUCAGCAUUUGAUACACUCAUAAAAUGCAUCUUAAAGAAUAAUUUCGACAUGAGAGAAACAUUUUUUCUCUUCCUUCCUCUUCCUUUUCUUGUUUCCUAAUAAGUUCAACAGGUGAAGCAGCUUUUUCAGCUUCAGUCUUUAAAAAACAAAGUAAUUCCUUCAGUUUUCAUCAUGUCUGUUGUGCAAUGACGUGUUUUAAGAGGUGUCUGCUUUCUUAGUUUAACAGCAAACAAUUUCUGAAUGAAAUCUGCAUUUUUCUUCUUAUUUAGUUUUGAUGUGAUUAUAUAUUUAUUGUUUAUAGGUACAGAAAACUCAGUCUAGAUAUUUAAGAGUGUGUGUGUGAGUGUGUGUGAGAUGUAGUGCAUGUAUACAAGCUUUCCUCAAUGUAACACAGCGCAGGUUGAAUCUAUUGCACAUCACAUAAAUGUGUUGAAAUGUGUUGUUGUUGACUUUGUGUCCAAUAAAAGAUGAAACUAAGAAAGCAGGUGUCAAAAA